AUGGAAAAAACUCCAGGCUACACUCCAUAGACAGUUUAUGCGGAUAAGAGUGAUACAGAUAUCUUUACCAAGCAAACUUACCAUAAAUUUGGCAGUAGAAAAAUCCACUAAGAUCAAUGGCUUUAUAUCUCAAAGCAGACUGUUUCCUUUUUGUGGUCGAUACUCUGGACAUUCUUAUCAUUUGCCUUUAAAGGCAGAGAUGAUCAGCUUUAGCUUUGGUCUUCUUUUAUCUCCUUGAUAUUCUCAGUCUAUGCACUAUUUGCUCUUUUCUUUUUACAAAGGAACAAGAAAACUGGAUUGGUGAACUACAUUGCUUGGUUCUCCUUAUUUUUAGUCACAGUCCUAGAACUUAUUUUUCUUACCUCAUUGCUAAUUCAAGCUAACUACUACAUUCUGAUAAGAACUAACUAUUCAACUUUAAGAGUGGAGUAUUUACACUCUAAAACAUAGAUAGUAGUGCUAUUUGCAACAGGACUAAUAGGCAUACUGAGUUUGCUUAUCUCAGCAGUUGCCACCUAAAGAUUUUCAAUAGCUUAUUAUGAGCUUGAAAAUCUUCAUAAACUAAUCUUUAACUUCGAUCAUCAGUAAUUAACUCUAUUAAGAUGA